AUGAAGUCCACUCUUCUGGUUUUGGCCCUCUUCGCCGUUUCGGCAUUCGCCGACAUCCUCCCCGGAGAUCCGCGUUACGGUACCGCGUACCACCGUGAGCACCAUCAUGCUCAUCACGAGCAAGAGGUAGGAUACCCCGUCCACGAAACACCCAAGGGCAGCUUCGAACUUCCAUCAACCAGCUACGGAACUCCAUUCAAACCAGAAAGCAGUGACAACCACCACUACGAAGUCCAAAAAGUAGCUCCAGUCCCACAUGAAGUAUACGGACCACCAAAACAAUUCGCACCAGCACCAGCACCAGUGCCAGUCCCAGCUCCAGCUCCAGUCCACUACGAGCCAGCACCAGCUCCAGCCCCAGCUCCAGUCCACUACGAGCCAGCCCCAGCACCAGCCCCAGCUCCAGUCCACUACGAGCCAGCCCCAGCACCAGUCCACACAUACGUGCCAGUGCAGACUCCAGCCCCAGCUCCAGUCCACUACGUGCCAGUCCAGGCUCCAGCUCCAACCCAUGUGCCACACCAAGUCUAUGGACCACCAAAGGCCCUCCCAAGCCACCCCGCUCCAGUGCCAAGCCACCCAGCCCCAGUGCCAAGCCACCCAGCCCCAGUUCCAAGCCACCCGGCCCCAGUUCCAAGCUACCCAGCUCCACAACACCCAGCUCCAGCCUUCCCAUCCAAACCUCUCCCAAGCUUCCAGCUCCCAAGCUUCCAGCUUCCAAGCUUCCAGGUCCCAAGCCAGCAGCUCGGACAAAUCGCCAACCACUUCACCUCCAAACUGAACAACAACCAGUUCUCUCAAAAGCUCAACAACAACCACUUCUCCCAGAAGCUCAACAACAACCACUUCUCCCAAAAGCUUAACCAAAAAUUGGGCGGUCUGAUGAACGCACUCCCAAUGUUGCCCCAGAUCCGUUUCCCAUCUUUCAUGAAGCAAGCUCCAGUCCAGCAAUACUUGCCUGGCCCAGCACCACAAGCUCACCCACAACCAGCACCACAGCCCCCCAAGGUAUACGUGCCACUCCCAGCCCCAGUCCCAGCACCAGCUCCAGUCCAGAAGCCAACCAUCGUCUACGUGCCAGCCUCAACCCCAGCUCCAGUCCAACAAAAGCCAACCAUCGUCUACGUGCAAGCCUCGACCCCAGCUCCAGUCCAACAAAAGCCAACCUACGUGUACGUGCAGCAGCCAGCUCCAGUCGCCCCAAGCCACCAAAUUACUGGAUCCUCCCAGACCACCUCCGAGCACCACGAGCAGCACCACGUCGUUGAACACCACCAACAGACCACCAACCAACAAGCCACAGACUCCAAUGGUGGAUACCUCUACUAA